AUGCGUGUCAUCGUUGUUCUGGCACUGAAGCAGCGCGACUGUCUGGCUUUCCAGGAUCCAGCGAGGGUCUUCAUCAAUAACAUAAUCGUGAGAUUCCAUUCCGGCUUGGAGCUGGACGGCGACGAGGUGAAGACGAUCAUCUGCAAGUACCCCGAGCCGCGAGCCCCGCCUCCCGUCGCCCCCGUUCCCCUAAUUCCGCCAGAACCUCCAGCGGCUGUCGUGCCUCCUCCAGCGUCGUUGGGAGAAGUGGAAAUCCUGAUGAUUAUUUGUGCCAUCUUGUUCUUGGCCUUCCUCCUCCUGGGAAUGGGUUGCUCCUAUUACUGCCUGAAACGUCGAAACAUCAAGAUCAUCAGGCGGAAAAGCCCCUCCACGAUUCCUGGAUCGGAGAUCACCAAGCUGUCGGAGAGCUUGUUCGAAAAUCUCAAGAUCCCUCGGGCUCAUGCUGCAAGCACCUCGGGAAGCGAGGCGAAUCUGGUCAGCACGGAAGAGACCAUCCCGAGCGACUACCCAUCGGAAUCUCCCAGCUCCUUGCAUUCGGAGGUGGAAGACGUGGAUACUCGCAGUUUGAAGAGGGAGAGCUCCGUUAGCUCUCAGUCUCUGAGGGAGUUGUCCAGCGUCUACUCAGAUGCCCAUUUGGCCAUCGACCAAGAGCUCGUCACGGCCCCGAUCUUGCAUAGGCUUCCGCGACCGGAAUUCGAUGUUGCCGUGCGGAUCAAGAAGGCCCCUAAGGUCCCGGAUUCGAAGUUGGAGCAGAUGAAGGCUCAGGAAAGGACCCUGACCACGAUCCUCGAGAGGGAAGAGUCCCGGCGCUCCGACGACAUCGAACACGGCCUGGCAGAAAUGAUCGAAGUCCCGGAUUCGUUGCUUCCACCAGCCAAGAAGAGAGCCGGCCCUCCUCCAGUCCAGGCCAAGAUCAGAAAGAGGCAGUUGGAGACGGCAUACGAGGAACGGGACGAAACCGCCUCGGAAGUUUCAGACGCCCCCCCGCAACGCACUAAGUCCCUGAGCAGCUUGAACACGGAGAUCACUGACACACGGUCCGUCACGGAAAUGAUGACUGAACAAGGUAGGGUGUACGAGCCACCGCCGCCACCCUCGGAAUAUACCAGCGAAGCCAGGUCAGUUUCGGACAUGGAAAUGGAAGGGGCCGUCGUACCACGACCUCCCCAAAUAUCCAAACACAUCGUAGACGACCGUUACCUGACCACGAUCACCGAAACGAAGACCUACGAAGAUCUGAUGAGACAUUCCCGGGAGACGAAAGAAUUGCACACGAAGCCGAAACCUCUUCCACCCAAUUGGGACGUGAUCAUUCGCAACUAUCCCGCUCCUCAACUCACAAACAGCGAGAGAGAAAGUUCUCUCUCCGAUUGGGAGAAGUUCUCCGAGCCGGAGUCCAUGGCGACCACCAGAUAUUCCGAACCCGGGUCCGAGAGACCGCGAUCCAUGUUCGAUACCACGGAGGAGACGACCUAUCAGACGACCCUGGAAGUCCAGAGAGAAGACCAGAGGAUCUCCAACUGGGAGGUCCUCGUCAGAGUCCUCUCGCCUCCCCCGAUGGAAGUGACCGCAGACUUGGGAGAGCCGGUGCUGACGGACGACGACCGCGAGAAAUGGAGACGAAUCAUCACCACAGAAUCCACGCUGAGAACUCUUCUGACGGAGGCAACCGUUCGAGAGGACUUCGAGAGGAUCCGACAAGAUCAAAGAUACGAAAAGCUAUUCGAACCGAGGAAAUGGGAUGUAAUCAUCAGAGUCCUGAAUCCGCCCGAAGAAGACAGGAAAUCCGAUGGAUCCGAUUCCUCUUAUCAUCCCCGCUACCGGAAGAAGUCAGACGUGAGCAGCAGGCGCAGCGUGCCCAGUGAAUACGACUCCGAGACUGCGCCUAGUCGAGGGCCCGGAUCCACGAGAUCCCGCCGCACGUCUAGGUCCAGUCUGGGCCUGGAAAACGACCUUCGUUCCAUGACAGAGGAGACCGUGACGGACUUCGCCCGAUCGGACAUGGAUAGCUACAGCGAAGCCAGCGGGCACACAUCCCGACACCCGAGAAGCAUGGCCGAGAGAUCCACGUCGGAAUUCACGGACAAAGUCCAAGUCCUCGACGAGGAUCAGCUGAGCUCCUGGUCCCGCCCCAAGCGAUCCAGUCGAGCCGAGAGCCAAAGAUCGCUGGAGCGAGGGAUGUCGGAAUUCGCAGAAGAUUGGGCCGCCCACCCAGAAUCAGACAAGGAGAGUUUCUAUUCCAGUUCCAGCCUGGGUCGAGACGGCGCUCUCGUCCCGGCGUCCGGCCCCCCACCCCCACCCAUUCCCUCCCACGAGGGCGAACACCACGCCCAGGCCGCCGGCUACCGAGCCGUCCAGAUGAGAUCCGCCGUGGCUUCCCGGGAUGAUGGAUCCACCCAACUCCACGCCGCCUCGUAUCGCGGAGUCUCUCAAUGGAUGGAAGAGUAUCACUCUCAUCGAUGA